AUGACGCCGCCGGCCACGGUGGCAGCCUUGCAGGCUGCGAUGGCGGCCUCUGAGACUACAGAGUGGUUGGAGGGGCUUGAGCCCUUCAACACCGAAGCACAAAAAAUCUCGGAGUUGCCUCCAGCGGCUUCAAAGAAGGCCUUCUUUGUGGAGAUCGGUGGAGGCUAUGGUCACCAAUGCAUCAACCUGGCAAAGAAAUACCCCGGCCUUGAAAGGCGUCUAAUCUUCCAAGACCUGCCCGAGGUCGUGAACAAGCUCCCUCCCAUCGACGGGGUUCGAAUUAUGGCCCACAGCCUUUUCGAAAAGCAGAUCAUCCGAGGUUCCAGAUUCUACUAUCUCCGUCAGGUCCUUCGCAACUGGCCCGACGACGAAGUCAUUAAGAUCCUUCAGAACAUUGCUGCAAAUAUGAGCCACCGCUCUCGAAUUCUCAUUGACGACAUUGUCCUACCGGAUAGCCACGCCCCCUGGCAGGCAACUUUGGCCGAUAUGUUGCUGAUGAUUGGGGUUGGGACAAAGGAGCGCUCUCGCAAGAAGUGGGAGUCGUUGGCUGAAAGAGCCGGCUUGCGAAUUGAGCAGGUCCAUUCUUAUGUCAAAGCAGGAUGCCCUGCCGUGGUCGUUCUGGCGCUGAAGUAG